UGUUUCCCCGCUGUUACUAGGCAACAGCGGCGUCAGUCCAACCGGAGGACUUGAAGCAAGGAAACGCGGUUCCGAUGACCACAGCAGUGACGGACCCGAACCGGGCCCCGGUGGCGUUCGGCCGCCGCGCCGUCCCGCAGCUGUUCGAGCAGCUGCAGGUCCAAGACCCCGCCCACAAGGUGCGCGCUCUGACGUCACUCUGCGACCUGGUCCACGAGCCGGAGCGGCUGUACCAGACCGUGAACGGAGGUUUCCUGAAGCAGCUGCAGGUUCUGCUGCAGGACGAGGAUGCUGCAGUCAAGAGCAAAACCUGCGAGCUGCUGCACCUGGUCACGAACCACAGCAUCGGCAGGUCGGCUCUGCUGCACUCGUCUCUCCUCCCUCCGCUCUCCGACCUGAUGGACGACCCGUCGGUCUCCUGCAGGACGAACGCCCACCGGGUGCUUUACGGCCUGGCUCAGCUGCCUGCAGGCGCUGAGGCUCUGCUCUCUCUGGUCCCCAGGCUGAUGCUCAGGCUGUGUCAGUUGGAGGAGGUGCGGCGGGAGAAGCAAGAGGAGGAGCAGGAGCUGCUCCUCUCCACCUUGGCCUCCUGCUCCAGGCUGGACCCUCUGCCGGCUCUGGCCACUGACGGCGUCCCCGUCCUGGGCCGGACGCUCACACACACUUCCACAGGCAUCCGCAGGGAGGCGGCGGCCGCCCUGAUGGCGCUCAGCGUCCCUGGAGAAGGGAAGCAGCAGGUCUGCGAUCACGGAGUCCUCCCCACUCUUCUGCCUCUGCUGCAUGACAGAAACCUCGACGUUCAGAUCAACGCCGCCGGAGUCAUUAUGAACACCGUCAUCAUCCGCCCAGGUAAAUACCUCUGUCUGGAGCUCAACUUCAUCCCCGUGCUGCUCCAGCUGCUGUCUGAGGAGGAGGAUGAUGAGCGGAAGAAGAGGAGGAAGACUCUGGUCAUCUACUGCCUGAGGGCCCUCACGGCGCUGUCCGAGGCCCCGGAGGGCCGCGUCAUCCUGAGCUCCGAGCUCCCCCUGCUGGAGCGGAGGAGCAAAGAGCAGGACGAGGACGUGCGGCGCGCGGCGCAGACCGCCAUUAAGGUGGUCACCUGGAAGCCCUGACCGAACCACCGACCCGGUUCUGCUGGCCCAAACAAGAAAUACAGAACUAGAAAACUA